AUGUUCUUUUAUUUUUAUUUAUUUUGUUCUACUUGCCUUUUUAUUUUAUUUUCCUCUUUUCUUUUUCUUUUUCCUUUUUUCUUUUUUGUGUUUUUUGUUAAUUUCCUUUUUUUUCUUUCGUUUUACUCUUCAUUUACCUUUUCUUUUCCUUCACAUUCGAUAUUACAUUCUUUCUUUUGUUUACUUUUCCUAUUUCUUCCUUUUUUGUUCUUCCUUCUAUUUUCUUUCUUUUUUUUUUCUCCUUUCUCUUUUUCUUUCAUACAUUUUGUUGUUCUUUCACUUUUUCUUUCUUUUUCGUUUUUUUUUUUUUUCCUUUCCUUUGUACUACAUUCACUUUUCUUUUUUUCUUUUCUUUGUACUUUUUUCACUUUUCUUUUUUCUUUCUUUCCUUUUGCUCUUUCACGUUACCUCUUUUUCUUUGCCUUUUUCUUUGCCUUUUUCUUUUCUUCGCAAUGUCUGUCUUUUUACAAUCUCUCCCGCUCCCUCUCUCUCUCUCCCGCUCCCUCUCUCUCUCCCGCUCCCUCUCUCUCUCCCUCUCUCUCUUCCUCUCCUUCUCUCUCUCUCUCUAUUCUAAUCCAGUCUCUCUCUCUCUCUCUCUCUCUCUCUCUCUCUCUCUCUCUCUCUCUCUUAUCCGUAUAUCUAUCUAUCUAUCUAUCUAUCUAUCUAUCUAUCUAUCUAUCUAUCUAUCUCAGUCUGAGUAUAUCUAUCUAUCUAUCUCAGUCUGAGUAUAUCUAUCUAUCUAUCUAUCUAUCUCAUAUAUCUAUCUAUCUAUCUAUCUAUCUCAGUCUGAGUAUAUCUAUCUAUCUAUCUAUCUAUCUAAUUCUGCUCAUUGCUAUAAAUAAAUACAUUUUUAACCUUAUUAAUUUCUAUCUUAUCCUAUACAUUGCUAUGAAUCAAUUUCAGCUUAUUAAUCUAUCUAUCUAUCUAUCUAUCUAUCUAUCUAUAUCAUAUAUCUAUCUAUCUAUCUAUCUAUCUAUCUAUCUAUCUAUCUCACUUAUUAAUCUAUCUAUCUAUCUAUCUAUCUAUCUGUCUAUUUCAGACUCUACAUUAUCUAUCAAUCUAUCUCAGCAUGUUCGUAUCUGUCGAUCUCAUCUGUUUCUAUCUAUCUAUCUAUCUAUCUAUCUAUCUCAUUCUGAUUAUUCAUUAAUUUCUAUCUAUCUAUCUAUCUAUCUAUCUAUCUAUCUAUCUCAUUUCUUCAUUUGGCUUCUCUGUUUCCAUGGACUUUCUUUAAUCUAUCUAUCUAUCUAUCUAUCUAUCUAUCUAUCUCUCUUUAUCUAUCUAUCUAUCUAUCUAUCUAUCUAUCUAUCUCUAUAUAUAUAUAUAUAUAUAUAUAUAUAUAUAUAUAUAUAA